AAAGCGUCGCCUCUCAGCUCUUCGUCUCCUCACACGUCUACUCCUCUGUUGACGGGCGCUAUUUUCCGAUUCUUGUCUCCUCUGUUGACCACCUCUCAAGCAGCAACCAUGACCCAGCUCGAGACAGCCAUGGCCAUCCUGAUGAAGACCUUUGAUACAUACGCUGCUGCCGAUGGGAAAAAAGACAGCCUGAGUAAAGCUGAGACCAAGACUAUGCUGGAGAAGGAGCUGCCUGGCCUGCUGAAGGUAGCGAAGAACCAGGAUGAGGUGGACAAGCUGCUGAAAGGUCUGGAUUUUAAUGGAGACUCAGAGGUCGACUUCACCGAAUUUGUGGUGCUCGUGGCUGCCAUGACCUGCGCCUGCCACGACCGCUGUCCCAAGAAGUGAACAGGUGGACCUCACCCUUGGGUGGAGACAAAUGGCGGCGAACAGCGGCAUAAGAACCCUAUUGUAACUUUUAAUCUAGCAGCUGAAUAAAGUAAUUUAUCGACUUGUA